AUGGAUGGUACAGAAUUCAAUGAUGCCAAAGAUUCCGGUUCUAAUCGUGAUGUCUUUAAAAAGAAAUUUACAUCACUAUCGCGACCCAGACAGCCAUUAAGAGAAACAAAUGCUAACCUACCCACGCUUCUGUUCAAAUGGAAUAAAAAGCACACUCUGUCAUAUUCACCACCAAAGGGAAAAGAUGGUAGGAAGUCAUCACCAAGUAAACUUACCAAUGCUACAAAUAUCGUCUCCCCAACAGCAAAUAAAACAAAAGAGGAACAUAAAUUAGCGAGAAUAGGGCAAACCACACCCCAUUCUGUUGUCAGAAUUCCAAUUGAAGUUAGUGCUAACCAAUUCCGACAAGGUUUAGAGAAGGAUGAAGGUGUUAUACCGACAGGGGACGAUGUUACAAAACACCCUGCUUCUGAGAGCCGAGAAGGGGCGUCUCAAACACAUGAGAAAGGUUUGACCACUUCAAGGAAAAGAGGAAGGGAUAUUGUGAAAAAGGAAGAGAUUGAACAGAGUAGAACAAGUACUAUACGAAGAAAGCUUUCAACUACGGAUAAGGUAGAACAAGUUGAUAAGUACCUAAAAAUGGAUAGCUCAGACAAGUCUUCUCGUGCCGUGGAAAUGGAUCGUGAAACAUUCCAUGAAGCCUCACUUGUUAGACACAAAGACCCACCAAAGAGUGAUAAUGCCGAAUUAACUGUCAUGAAAGAAAAAGACUACAUUUCUCAAGCACAUGUUGAGAACUGGGAGCAAACUGGUGCCAUCAAUUCCAAAGUAAGUCAACAUCAGCACAUUGAGCCACCACCUCAACAAGAAAAAACGAGAACUUUGAUUGAUACACACAACACUGCAAAAGCUAGCAAUGUCCAUUUUAAAGAUUCUAAGGUACCCCUUCAAGUGUUGGAUACUAACAAGCUCGACCGCAAGCUGCUAGAAAGACCAGAAAAACGAAAGCUUGCUCAACAACAGGCCCAAUAUCAGAAAGGAACCUCGAGGUUGUCAGGUGAGGAAUUGUUUCAAUGGCAACAAUCAUGGAAGAAAAUCAUGAGAGAAUCAGUGGUCUUUUUUGAAGGAACACACGAUUUCCAACUGUCUGAAUACAAAAAAGCAGUCAAGUAUCUCAAGUACGUUGGUUCCGAGAUUGCCCCAUUUUAUCGCACAAAUGUCACUAUAAUAAUAUCGAAGCGUACCUACGAUGACAGAGUGGAAUAUCCAUCGAAUGAUAUAUUUUCAAAUGUUCCUAAGUUCAAGACAAAGGUGUGGAGCUAUGAAAAACUAUUCAGGUUUAUGAAAAACUUGGGGUUGAGCAAUGUUUCUGAUGAUCAGCUUUCGACAGAUGCUAAUGCAAAUACUUCCACAGCAGCAAACAACAACUUGUACAAUUUACUUAAGGAGGAGAAGUUGUAUGGUGUAGCGGAUAGAGAUCCAAAUGCAAGGCGUGAUGACUACCAUUACUUUAGCAAAAACUACUUGUACGUCUACGAUUUGAGUCAAACAGUAAGGCCGAUUGCUGUCAGAGAAUGGGGUAGUGACUACCCGGUUUUGCAUUUAACCUUGGAUGGAAAAUGUCCCUUCAUUGACGAUCCAUCUGAUCAAAACCUGGAGAGGAAAAGGUUGAAAAGGUUUAAAAAGUUUGAGGCUACAAAGUCACACCGCCAGGCGUUGAGAGCUGCCACGGAGAGAGUCAUCAGUGGUGUAUCGCUCUCGGCCGGCCGCUUCAAUGGAACAAGCACAAGUACUGACAAGGUGGAAGAGUCAUCGCAUGGCGAAGUUGAGUUUAGACAACCAUUGACGAGAAAUUCCUCAUGCAUUCAAUCCAAAGCUGUGGAUGCAAUGGCAUCAGGAUUCAAUGGAGCUUCUAACGCAGUACAAUUUUCCAUGGAUUCAAACUUGAAUAGUACCGCAGUCGCGGCUGGAAACGGAUUGGGUCCAUCUUUAUCUCAAGUGCAAUCAAAGAAUUUGAAUAACCUCAAAAGGAGAAUUUUUUUGAAGAGAAAGACAUCCGAAAGGAGGGAUAAGGAAUCAACGCCUGGCUACUGUGAAAAUUGUCGUUGCAAAUACGAUAAUUUUGAAGAUCAUAUCUAUAGCAACAGGCAUCGUAACUUUGCAUGCGAUGAUCGCAACUUUGCCGACAUCGACGAAUUGAUAGCUACUUUGAAAGAAAGCAAUUCAAUGGGUAACAUCACUUCCAAUGGUGACUACAUAUAG